AUGGGCAACGGAACUCUUUACUCUGCCUGCACUCUGCAGGGCAACGGCACCCUCUACUCCGCCUGCGCUCUCCAGGGCAACGGUACUUUGUACAGCGCCUGCUCCGUGCAGAAGAACGGCACCUUGUACUCUGCCUGCUCCGUGCAGAAGAACGGCACCCUCUACUCGGCCUGCUCCGUGCAGAAGAACGGAACGCUGUACAGCGCGUGCUCCGUUCAGCUGAUCUAA